GGGAGGCUCAGCUGUUCCUAGCCUUACAGUCUAUUGGGUAGAAGACUUAUCCACUACAACACGUGCAUGGAGUGACAACUUCCUGGUCAUGCAGCUGUCAGUGAACUUUGAAUGUGUACUCUGUGCUGGAGAUGAAGACCGGUGCGGCUCUCCUGGGAUUAGAAGGACGGGUCUUAUGUAACAUGUAGGAUAAUUAGUGAUGUGAUCGGCCAUUGUCUCACACAUUAUAAUGAUGAGGUCUCACCUGCUGCUUGCAGAAUGCAGUGGCUGCGUUGUCACCACCUCUCAGCCAUCCCUUGGUGGAUCAGAUCCCAGAGAUGUCCCCUCUGAUGUGUAUAGAGGGACAAGUGACGAGCAUGGUCCUCCAGCUAGAAGUGAAGGUGAUGGGUGGUGGAGCUGCAGUGGGGUGAUCAUAGACCGGAGUGCAGGAAUUGUCAUCUGUCAGGCCGCUGUGUUUUUUCCUUUCUUUAAAGGAAAGGAUCUCCCAUUGUUUCCCUCUGAUGACACAGUGCUUUCAUCACAUGACUUCCCGCCAGAUUUAUCCAUACAGGUGGAAUGCCCAUUGGAACCCAAGCUAGACGAAGAACCCAGAACCCGCACUAACCCUCCGGAUCAGAGGUCAGGGCUCGGCCUAGUGCCCGUGUCAAAGCGGCAGAGCCAGCGAAUGCUGUGCCAGGCUGACCUUCUCAUGGUAGUCCCGUGCCCUGAAUUCCAAAUGGCGUUUUCCAGCUUAUUCAGGAGAGAAGACGGCUGGGUGUUUUCCAGUGAAGAUGAGAAAGAAUAUGGAGAAUUCCAGAAAGAUCUGGCAUACCUGCAUUGGUUUGCUGUUCUGAAGUUGCAGAGCCCACCUACCCAAGCUAAGAGCAGACUGGAUGUCAUGAGAUCCUCCGGUCUGGUAAAAGGCAGUACGGUGUUUGCAUGCGGCUCUCCGUUUGGCUCCUUCUACACCGACAUCUUCCUAAACACCGUUAGUAAAGGAGUCCUAAGCAACGUUGCUGGAGAUGGAAACGUCGUACUGCUUACUGAUGCCCGUUCUCUCCCGGGGUCAGAAGGAGGGGGCGUGUAUUUGUUGGAACGUGGGCGCUUGUAUUUGAUAGGAAUUAUUGUGGCACCUCUAUGCUGGAAGGCAAACGAAUGGGUAGGGUUGGCUUUGGCUUGUUCCAUUAGCCAUAUCAUUAAUAAUGUUAUUAAGGCACUUGGCAAGGCAGAUGUUGCUAUAAAACAUGAAUUGACAGCAUUGAAGAUGGGGAGAUGUAUUGUGGACAGACCCAAGAGAGGUGCAAGACCCUCAGAACACCUGAUGGCAGUUGCUGUUCUAGUAGAUUCGGGCCAAUCAUGGGGAUCGGGAGUUCUGCUAAACUCAAAACUGGUUCUGACGUGCCGACAUGUGGUGAGACAUUCAUCCAAAGUCUCUGUGAAGAUCCAGAGUGCUGUCAUGACAAGUGGAGAGCGUCAUGCUUUUGAAAGGUUUCAUCCUGUCAGAGGUGACGUGGUGUUUUCAACUCAGGAAUCCUCUCCCUAUGACAUUGCCAUCAUACAACUGGAAGAAGAAAUAUCUGGUAUACCUGAACCAGUUCUGGCGUCUGGCUACUGUGCAGGAGAGGAUGUCUGCAUUGUUGGAUUUGGGGCUCUGGGUGAACGCUGUGGCCCAUCUGUAACGUCGGGAGUCUUGUCAUCUGUCAUAUCUGUCGGUGAUGGCCCUGUCAUGUUACAGACAUCAUGUGCUGUUCAUGGAGGUUCCAGCGGAGGACCUUUGUUUGCGGUUCAGUCUGGAGAACUACUAGGAAUUGUUGCUAGUAACACAAGGGAUAACAAUACAGGGGCAACAUAUCCCCAUUUAAACUUCAGUAUCCCUGUUACCAUUCUUCAAGCAGCACUGGACAGAUAUGUGCAAUUUGGGGAUUUGCGGAGCUUCGGAGAGCUUAAUAAGGCUGGGCUUGCAGUGCGAGAUGUGUGGCGACUUCAGAGGUCUCCUGAAAAUGUUUUCAAGAGCAAGUUAUGAGUCUCUUGUAAGUACAUUUGGACUGCAUACAUGUAAUUAGUACCUUACUUUCACACGAUCCGUGCCGCAAAGGGGUUGUACAGAAAAAGGACAUUGUAUUCUGGACAGUGGCACAUGGUGCCGAUCAAGGAAAAUUUUCAAACAUGUUCCUUCAACAGAAGUGGACUUUUACUGAGCAGGGAUGGCCACACACUGAUCAAAAUUCAGCUGCCAAUCCUUGCACAAAAGUGAUUUGGCCUGCUUUAGGUAAGCCCAUGUGAGAAGGUCUGAUUAUAAGAUAAGAGCUUUACAUGUAAACCAAGAUCAUGGCAAAAAAAUAAAUACGUAUUUGAACAAUCA